AGCGCGAGAAACCGGAAGAGGAAGUGGUUGCGCCUGUCCCGCCGUGGCAAUGCAGAGGGAGGAGAAGCAGCUUGAGGCAUCAUUAGAUGCACUGCUGAAUCAAGUGGCCGAUCUGAAGAAUUCACUGGGGAGCUUCAUUUACAAGCUGGAAAACGAGUAUGACCGGCUCACCUGGCCCUCUGUCCUGGAUAGCUUUGCACUGCUCUCUGGACAGUUGAACACUCUGAACAAGGUCUUAAAGCAUGAGAAGACACCCCUGUUUCGUAACCAGGUCAUCAUCCCUCUGGUGCUGUCCCCAGAUCGAGAUGAAGACCUCAUGCGUCAGACUGAAGGACGAGUGCCUGUUUUCAGCCAUGAGGUCGUCCCUGACCAUUUGAGAACCAAGCCUGACCCUGAAGUUGAAGAGCAGGAGAAGCAGCUGACAACAGAUGCUGCCAGAAUUGGUGCUGAUGCAGCGCAGAAGCAGAUCCAGAGCUUGAAUAAAAUGUGCUCAAACCUUUUAGAGAAAAUCAGCAAAGAGGAACGAGAAUCAGAGAGUGGAGGUCUUCGGCCAAACAAGCAGACUUUCAACCCUGCAGACACCAAUGCCUUAGUGGCAGCUGUUGCCUUUGGGAAGGGGCUAUCUAAUUGGAGACCUUCAGGUAGCAGUGGUCCUGGCCAACCCGGCCAGCCAGGAGCUGGUCCAAUCCUUGCAGGAGCCUCAGGAUUACAGCAAGUUCAAAUGGCAGGUGCUUCAAACCAGCAGCAGACAAUGCUCAGUGGUGUCCAGAUGGCUCAAGCAGGUCAACCAGGGAAAAUGCCAAGUGGGAUAAAAACCAACAUCAAGUCGGCUUCAAUGCAUCCCUACCAGCGGUGAGUGUGGACAGCAGCCUCCACUCUCAGGUGAUCUGUGCCGAGUUGGGCAAUGAAAUUAUCUUUUACUCAAGGCUUACGUAGAUGGGUACAAUGAAAAGAACACAGGCUUUCAGCAACAGAGAAAUCUCAGCUCCUCUGUGAAGAGCUGUGUGACCUUGGGAAAGUGACCUGAUUUCUCUGAGCCCAGCUUCUCAUUUGUAAAUGGUCAUAUUACCUACCUCAUAAGGUUGUUGUGAGGAUUAAAAUGAGAAAAUGAAUGUAAAACACUUAGCAUGGUAUGUGAAAUACUGGGUCUUGAAUAAAUGAUAGUUAUUUUUUACUUUUCCACCCAGCUAUUUACUGUCCUUUACCCAGAACACACUGUAGUUGAUACAGCUCCAUGACAGUAGUGCGCUAAUGGAGACAGGAUCAAGUAAUCCAAAGACCAUGGCAGCCUGCAUGUCUUGGAGGUAUAUUUUUUUCUGUAUCCUCUCUUGCCCAGGUUCCAUCCUGUUGGCUCCAUCCCGGCUGCAGGUGAAGAGGUUUCUGGGCUGGGACACUAGUGAUACUAGUUCAGCUUUUACCUGGAAAAUAGGGGAAAGUACCCAUCUUUUACCCUACCCUGCCUAUGAAGAUGUCUAGGGACCAGUAGGUGGGAGAUUUCUUAGGAAGUGGCCCUGUCAGGCAAUAGCACAGAUGAAAUACCAUCUUCCUCUUUUGAGACAAAUUGUACUUCACACUGUCGUUGUCAGGGUUGCUUUGGCCUCACAGUCAGUACUCCCUGUUUCUGUCCUCUUCCAUGGCACUAAAUGUGUGGCUCAGAUAAAAUCCAGAUUGAAAGUGGGAAGGGCAUAGCCCCAUCCACCUUGCCUGCUUUUGGAGAGUUGAAGAACUGUCCAAAGGGACAGGCAGCCAUGUUGCCUUUUUCAGCAUUCUUUCGUGGGCAAGGGCAGGGAUUGAGUCAGCAAAAGUGGGCCAAAGGGUUUCUUUGUUCAAUAAAGUUAUUUAAAUUGA